UGCUCUGACAGUUUGGGUUAGUGAUGAUUAAGUCUCAUCAGCAGAAUAGCGUGUACGCCUGAUCGCACGCCGGGCUCGACAGUCGUCAUUCAUUGAGGCCGUGUGCGGACUCGGCUUUGUUUGUUUCAUGCUGUCCAAUUCGGUUUUCCAGUCCGUCCGGUUCGUUCAUUUGGACAGGCCCGCCCGCCCGAUCGAACAGUGGCCCAGUUUUUCGUGACUCGGUUUUAUGGGCCGAGAUAAAGUUGUCGUGUCGACGUUAAUUUGUCGACGCUCAGGGAGUGGGGGGACAGAGUUUCUCGCACUGCUCCGGUUGGUCCUGAUUCACGCAGUUUAUUACCGAUAGCUAUGGGCCCGGGGAAUCGAGGCUUUACUGUGCGCGAUGGGGCCCAUGGGUGUUGGAGGAGAGAGAAGUGAAGUGAGCGUUGGGUUGCGACGCAGGGGUCGAUGAAACCUGUCGACCUUGGUUAGGAUGUGUGCGUUUUGCGGAGGUGGGAAUUUUAUAUGUGGAGACCGCGUGGUGAGGCUUCUAUUUAAUUGACAGAUUUGGUCACAGCCUUCGUCCUGAAUUCCGGGCGAAGUUUAGAAUUCUCGACGCAUUUCAGAGGACUGUAUAGAUAGCUGGGGAGGAAUACGGUGUAUGGACCCUCGUGUAGCGUGCAGGUUGAGGAUCUGUAUUUGGUGAAUGAGAGUGAGUGAAAGGAGAUGAUUUGGGUAAGAUCAAGAUGACGGAUAGCAGUACACUUGUCGAUGACGAUUGAGCCGCCAUGGCGGCACCUGGCGCAAUUCGAGGUUUUUGUGACAACUGCCUGACGAAUGUCGGAUGAAUAGUUCUAGCAUCAAUCGCAGGAUGCGAAGGACUGAGGUCGAGCUGAGUGCAGGUUGUUCUCAUCAGUAGGAGAUUUGGGUCGAGAGUUCGGGUGUUUUCCUCAAUCGUAGAUGUUAGAGCAGAGUGAGGAUCUGAAGAGAAGGGCAGAGUUUUUUUUAGCGUAGGUUGACGUAGAUCUUCAGUGGUGGACUCAAUUAAUAUCUGGUGCGUUUUUUCAAUCAGCAGUCAGAGAAGCAUGAUAUGGGUGUUUUCGUGGGAGAGGUUUGCUGCUGCUUCAUGCGAUUUGGCUUCUGAACAGUUGUGACUGGGGGAGAUGUUACGAGGUUUAUACAGAGGUUGUUCCCUAAUCUGUCAAAGUCGUGUUGACGAGGAUGCUAUUAUUAGCCCGCUAAAGAAAGCCUGAGACUCGAUAUCUAAUUGUUUUGUGUAUAGAGUUGAUCGCAGUUAUGUCUGGAAUGGUCGACCCCCUGAAUCAUGUCGAAAAGGAUGAGAUGGAGGAGGAAGGACUGGGUAGUCCUAACGCGAGUGACGAUAGAGCACACGAGGCCUCCAUAUGCGAAGCCGAUCAAGCGAGCACAGUGCUUAAAUGGUCUUCAGAGAAAGUGAAGAGCUGGCUUCAACAGAACGUGUCCUUUGACCAUGACCGUAUGCAAGAGUUUUUACACACUUUUCAAAAUGAAGGAAUAGAUGGCCUUGGGCUUCUGACGUUGCAACGGAGCCACCGAGCCUGCACGGGAAUGACUGAUGCAGAGUGGCUGCUUCUUAAGGCAUCAAGAAGGCGGUUAUUGACUCAUGGUGAAAAGUCAAGUGGAAUGCCGUUGAGCAGGCUCACAGUAGAGGAGGUUUUGGGAGCUAUGACACCUCCAUCAACACCUCCCAGUUUGAGGAUGAACAAUCACUUUGGUAGUGGACUUAGUAAUAGCCAUCAUGACUACGGGCUCUUUGGCUCUCCUCGAAAGUGGAGCAUACCUGGCCUGAGAUGGAGCCAUGCCAAAGAUGAUCAGCUUGAGCAUUUGAAAGAAGAAGUUCAGUCUUUGCGCGGGGAAAUUGUAGGCGCAGAAGAGCGUGAAACAACACUCCAAGCACAGUUGAGCCACCUUGAUGAAGUGUUGAGGACAUCUCAGCUUUCUGGGUACAUUCACACUCGAACGAGAUGGACCGCCCUACCUGGCGAACCACCAAUACUUGAUGAUACAGAUGUUGAUGAUUGGAUGCUGCGGUUUUUGGUUCUACGUGGGUCCACCAUAUGCUUCUAUCUUCGUGCGACUGAUUUACGACCACAAGGAACCAUUCUUCUCACAGAAAUCGUGGAAGCAGGUCCAAUUCCAAGAAAGAUGCAUCAUAAGGGUGAUAGGCGGUGGUCAGCUUUUCACAUUACAACAGUCCACGGACUCCGACUCGAAUGUUCAUCUCUGCUCAAAGUUCAGGUCGAUUCUUGGCUCACAUCGAUCGGAGCGAGCUACAUCAGGGUCGAAAGAAAAAAGUCGGCCGAUCUUGAGAGGCCUCUUUCAGGAGCGUGGUUGAAGGUUCUUCCAGUUGAUCUUAACGAAAUAAGUCAAGAGCGCGAUCUAUUUGGUGGAGGAAAGCCUACCAAGAUUGAAAAUGGCUGCUGAGGGUCUGGAAUGGAUAGUUUUUGUAGAACAUUUCCUCUUGGGAGGAAGUUUUCGUUCUUGGGUUGAGGUUAAAUACGGUUGUCUCGCUUUUUGACCUCGACAAGCAAAACUCUCCUUAUUCAGAGGUAAUCGCGGCCACAAUAGCCAGCAGUCAAGUCCUGACAUUCUUCAACCACUUGGUGCGUCCGUGAGUGACUGGGAUAACACUGCGAUUUCAACCAGUUGAGGAUGAGCUGAGGAGACCUUUGGAGGCACUCACUCAAGAGGACAGUGUCUCGCUGCAAGUGAACUUGGAGUGGGAGUUCCAGAGGGAAUUGGAGCGACCGGCUUCCUUCUUUUUCCAGCUAGGGAACUUGAUGUUUCUUGUUGGGUCGGUGUUCUUCAAGUCGAAGUGUGUGCCAUUCAGGUGCUUUUGUUACUGAGUCCAUAUAGAAUCGAAGACAUUCCUUGAUUGUAGUGAUAGUUAAAAUCUAUUUAUAAAAGUAAUCAUAGGCGGUUAGCAUUGAGGCCUUUUAGCUAGUGAGAAGGAUACAGAGGCAUACUUCCUACCACAAUAUGUCUCUCUAGUGGAGGACGAAAGUGGGAUAUGUAAAUUGAUAGUUUAUUGUACAGUGGGAAGCCUCAUGUUUGAAGUUUCAGUAGGCACUCUCUCUGUUUCAGUGGAGCUGGAAGGAUGCACUUUGUAGCUAGAGGCAUCCAAUCUGCCUGCAGAUCUCAGAGGUCGAGAUUGGUGUAGUAUUGGUGGUAAAGAUCAGUUUAGGACCAGGUAGGUGUUGGUCGAUUCAGGUGGAAGAGCGUAUCUGAUCUAGAAUGCAUACAACUGUAGCGCGAGAACAGACUAAGUAUGUUCAAUCAAGGAACGUCCUGUAGCUGAUGACCUAGCCUCGAACGGGUAGAAUGUCCACAGCUGAAUUUGCGAAAACUAAUGAAAGGAAAUACUAUUUGUUG